AUGGAAUAUCUCACUAGAUUACUCAAACCAUUGCAACAGGACAAGAGGUAUCAGUUUCAUCCUAAAUGUGCUAAGCUAAAAAUCAUCCAGUUAAGUUUUGCAGAUGACUUACUAUUGUUUAGCAAAGGGGACACUACCUCUGUUCAACUCCUCAUGGAGAGAUUCAACCACUUCUCCCAAGCAUCAGGUCUACAGGCUAAUCUCAAUAAGUGCUCAAUUUAUUUUGGAGGGGUGAAGCAAGUGGUGCAAGAUCAAAUAUUAGCAGUUACUGGCAUGGGUAAAGGUGAACUUCCAAUCAAGAAAAAAGAUGUCCUAUGGAUACAGUGGGUACAUAUCUUUUAUGGAAAAUGGGAAUCUCUAUGGGGCAAAAGACCUAAACAAGCAAGCUGGAUUGUUCAAAAGGUACUAAAGGUGCAGCAGUAUAUUGAGACAGCAGGUAUGGAUGAGACAGAACUUGUGAAUAUACAAAGCUUCUCAAUAAAGAAGAUGUACUUAAAAUUGCUAGGGGACCAUCCAAAGGUAUCAUGGAGAAGAGUAACUUGCAACAAUCCUGGACUUCCCAAAUGGAUUUUCAUUCUUUUUCUGGCCCUACACAGGAGAUUGUACACGAAAAAUAGAUUAAUCAGUUGGGGAAUGCCAAUUAGUCCUUUAUGUGCACUAUGUGGUACUGAACCUAAGAGCAUUGACCACCUGUUUUUCAAAUGUUCAGUAUCAGAAUAUAUUUGGAGGAAGCUGCUGAUAUGGCAAAGUAUAAGCAGGAGUACUAUGCCUUGGGCUAACGAAAUUCAAUGGUGUGAAGCUGGUUACAAUGGAAAGGGAUGCACUGCUACUAUCUAG